AUGUCUCUCAAUGGAUUAGAUGAUCCCGCUAUCAUUGAGUCGUACCAGACUGCGUUGACGGAGGCUGGAGGCUGGUUUCUUCUCAAAUAUGUCUCCAGAGACGUGGUCGCGCUCCUGGCCAGAGGCACCGGCGGAGUGGCUGAAAUUCGGAUCACCAUCGAUAGCUACGAAGAAAAGUCGCCGCUCUACGGGUUCCUACAGUAUCGACGGAGGAAGAUCAUUCUAAGAUACGUGCCGGAGGGGAUUUCGAGGAUAUUGCAAGGUAUAACACAGGAUCGAAACGCCGCUCUUGCGUUUCUCAAUCUUGACAGCCGUUUUUGGAGGCUUACGCUGACGAUUCGACCUCUAGCCCGAAUCUCCGUUCAGUUCCAGUCGAUAUUGGAUAAAUUCUCACCCCACGACACAGUAUUCGCCCUUGCCGUUUCCUCUGACCUUACCGAAAAUGCCCUCUCCUCCGCAUGCUUGCUCCAUGCCGCCUCCCGUUCCAUGACCUCGUCCUCCAGUUCAUUGCGACGCUGUAAGUUGGGGGGGAUCACAGAAGAUGCCGAAGUGGAGGAGAGCGCGUCGAUAGCUGGCAUAUCGAUUGCUGCGAGCAGUGUGAGCGUUAAUGACCGAAGAGCAAGUGUUUAUAGCCGGACCUCUGAGGCCACAGCCGUGCCAGACGGUUACAGGCCAGGAGAACCAAAGCCUUUAACACCCGACGCCGCCCCAAUUCGUUCGAGAGCGUUCUCGAACAGAUCGGACAAGCCUCUGCCGUCGAUUCCACAGGAAUACACAAACAGCCACACCAAUGGUGUUGCUCAAUAUCACCUAUUGGACCAACUCUCCCAACCCCGAGACUCAAUUCAAUCUUCAAGGCCAUCAACCAGGGACUUGGAUCAACCGAGCUUGCGCCCACCAAAAAUAAAACUGGGCCCCCGACCCGUAGAUGUCAAUGGUCGCCCGCGCACCGCCGGCUCAAUGGGAAGGUCGCGCCAGACACGUCCCGUGGCCGCACUCCCUGCUGGCGUACGGCUAACCACGAGGAAAAAUCAUGCCCCGCGACCCAAGUCUCAGCCCGUUAUUCUCCCUCCCAGUAUUCCUUCCGACGCUCCACCGGUUCCUGCACUCUUACCUCCACCUCCUUCGAUCACCUCGCUUUCGAGAAACCCGCCAGCGUCUCCUAGGUCCAUCAAAAGCUAUGCUUCUUCUAUCGGGGUGUCUCCGGAAAAGCAGCGGUUGAUGAAAGCUUUAGAAAUGCGGAAGAGGCAGAUGGAGAAGCAGGCGCAGGAAGUUGAAAGGCAUAAACGAGAACAAAAGGAAGAAAACGAAGCAAAGGAGGAAGAAGAAAUUAAGAUAACGGUCGCCGAAGUGGAAAAGGACAGUUCGCGGGAGAGUUCAGCAGAUCCAGAUGUCGAAUCAGGCACUCGUGAAGCGGUCGAUGAGAGUCUACCAACAUCACAAUCAGUAGAACUUGAGCCGGCCCAGAUCCCGAACGAACCUCCCGAAGAUAUCAAGAACGAAGUUAAAGCGCCAUUGGCUGAUCCAUCCAAACUCGAUUCGGCAGUCGAUCUUUCUAUCACCGAACAAUCCUCUCAGAAAGAUAUUUCCCUACCGUGUGUGAUACCUGAUCGUGUUGAGGAAGCUCCGUCCCCUACCCCAUCCUCAAUGGUUGACGCCCCCGAGACAGACGUGGCGGGACCGUCCGAAAUUGCUCAAGAUGAUAACUCGCCGGUCAAUCUCGAACGAGUUGACAAGGAGCAUGUUCCGAAAGAAAACAAAAGCCCCCAGACUUCGUCAGCCACGCCUUCGAAUUCCGACCAACAAACCGAGGUUCAUCCAUGUGAAAUCGAGAUACCAUCAGACUUACAAUGUCCUGAUACUCCCACACCACGCGCCAUCCCUGCAGAAUUCCCCCAGACUGUAGGAUUCGUGCCCGACAGGGCGCUAGUCCAGCAUGAAGAGGUUGCGAUUUCAAACGAGACGGCAUCCUUGUCUGACACUGAAGUCUCUGAAAGCCAAGCAGCAGUUGAAAUCCCCACCGCCAAUGACAUUGAUAAAUCGGAUCAAACAUUGGAAGAACCAAGCGACGGAGAGACGAACCGAAAGGAUCGUAAACAGAAACGGCGUGCUAUGCUUGAACCCAUUUUUAUCCCUCAACGCAACGAUGAACUGGACGAAGACCACCUCUUGUCAGACGAUUCUUUCAUGGAAGAGUUGAAAUCAGCCACCCUUGAGGAAGCCAAGCCCGUUGCAGUCCCCAAAACUCCCCUUACCCCGUUUUCAAGUAAUGGAGACAUUUCUUCGUCAGAGAGAUGGAAAGGCUCUCGCGUUGUGUCCAAUCCCAGUGCCGGUGGAAUAGACGUACAAGCCCUGCCUAUCGGCAGAUCCGCAUCGGGACCGUACUUCAAUAGUCAAAACGCAGUUCCCGUGCUCGUGGCUAAGAAGGUUAAUGUUUCUUCUGGCAUUUCGAAGCGCAUCAAAGCACUAGAAAUGUUCUCGAGCCGCGAAUCCGGUGCAAGCCAUGCACCUGUGUUACCUUCGCCAGCCACCGUAUCAUCUCCAUUCGAUAAAUUCCGCAAACGAGCCUCAAUGACCCCGACAAAUAUGCUCACACCCGCUGCCACACCAAAGGGGAAUAAAUCUCCUUUGGCACCGGAAGGCUCCAAUCCGCUUCCCAGCCGCCACGAGUCCCUUUCUCCCACGAGCUCUAUGAAAGGCAAGCCUAACUCGGUUUGCGUGACUGCCCGGAUCGUUCGCGAUCCGUCUAUACCUCCUCCAGACCCUUCUGCAGAUCCCUCAGAGCCCAGCGUUCUAAACCUGCAGCGCAGUCAGCUCAUUGUCGAACACGAUGGAGAUACUGAGCCGAAGCAGCCAAUUCCGCCUACAUCCCCACCCGCGAAGCAAGAAAAGAAGCGCUGGUCUAUCUCCUCAAUCAGCUCGAAGCAUGUGCAGGACCCAAUCCCGCUCCGGCGAUCCGACUCAAUUACAAGCAAACUUUCCGUUUCCUCACGCUCUAAACCUGAUGGGACACUUCCCUCCUCAUCCAUCGAUGCCCACCUCCAUCUCGACAGUGUUGACGAAGUCCUAGAGGAAAAGAAAGAAUCCAGAAAAUCGCGCCUAAUGCGUCGUGUGUCAACAAUUACGUCAAGCUCACGCCGGGGUCUCAUCAAUGCUUUAAGUCCAACGCUGAAGGAAGAAGAUCCACCAACUCCACCGCCAAAAGAAGAAAGAGAACCUACUCCGGAGCCACCGCAAGUCGUUGACAUCGGCGAAGUUAACGUCCAAUUUCCCGACACUCUACUCUGGAAACGCCGCUUCAUGCGGAUUGAUGACCAUGGGUACCUCAUCUUGACACCGGGAACUAUCGACGGGACUGCGCGCAAUACGGUGAAACGUUAUCACCUUUCUGAAUUUCGACCGCCCACUCUACCAGACCAAGAUAGACAGGAGUUGCCCAAUAGCAUUGUGCUAGAUUUUAGCAACGGGAGCACGCUGCAAUGCGCUUGCGAGUCGAGGAAUGGGCAGAGGGCAAUUCUUCAAACACUUCUCGAUGCGCAUAACACGUACCGACAUCGAUAA